AGGCCGAGCAACCAUGUAAGUUUAAACUGCCUUGUUGGCCGCGUCAGCUAUAAAUAAAGCCAGAUCUUCUUAGAAUAAAAGUGGUGUGUGUCUGCAGGAAGAUUCUGUUCCAAGAAGCCUACUUGGCUUGUUUAUAUGGCAAACGUCAGGAGGAAUAAAAUAAAAGGAAAGAGAUUGUGUGUGUAGUUGCUUCAUAUAUACAUACAUAUAUAUAUAUAUAUAGUAUGUAUGUAUUAUGUGUAUGUAGGUCAGGUCAGCGGUGAAGAAACGGUGUAACGGACCAAUCAGUCACCGCUUAAAGAAGUGGACCUCCACAACGUUGUUUAGCAGAUCCUCCAUGCAUGGCUAGGGACUUGCCAGGCUUUCUUCGUCACGCAUGAACACACAGACACGCUGUUACUAACAACAAGCUAACAGAAUAAACUGAGCUAUCGAGACGAGACAAUUACCGUGGCAUCGUGUUGUUCGAAAGAGGAUAUUUAUCAUACGUAAAAAGGAUUUACAAAAAAAAAAUAUUUGUCGUAAUGGCGAGUAACGAAGAACCACAGAGCGGAGGAGAUGGUUAUACAGACAUGUUUUGGAAUAUAUUCAAUGAAAUAUUCUCUAACCCUUUAAACGUUAUCCUUCUGGCUGUUAGUACUUUACUGUUUUAUAAGAUAAUGACCAGCAGACAGACCCCACGCCCGCAACAUGUUGCUGAAAAGGAAAUACCUCGCAUGAAGAAGAGAGACAUGACGAUCGAAGAACUCAGGAAGUACGAUGGCACCGACGAAGACGGUCGGGUUUGUAUAGCCGUCAACGGUAAAAUAUUCGAUGUGACCCGCGGUAAACAGUUCUACGGACCCGGCGGUCCGUACGCGGUCUUCGCGGGCCGCGAUGCUUCGCGGGCCCUGGCUUUGUUUACUGUGAAGGAAUCGGCGCUAAAAAACGAAUAUGACGACCUCAGCGACUUGACAUCGGCUGAGAUGAGUCGCAUGCAAGAAUGGGAGAUGCAAUUUACGGAAAAAUAUGACAUUGUCGGUAGGUUAUUAAGGGACGGUGAGCAAGCCACGGAAUAUACGGAUUCUGAGGAUGAAUCGAGUCCGAACGGGGACACUGACAAAAGCAGCGGGAAAGAUGGUGACUCCUCGUCGCUUCAUAAAGAUGACACGAAAACCCAAUAAUAAUAAUAAUAAUAAUAAUAAUGAUGGUCAUGUUUACAAGUAAUUUUCUUUUUUUUUUAAAAAAAAUGGUUAUGUUUUCUUCUCUCGAAGGACAUAAAAUAACUCAAAAUUUAAAACAAAACAAACAAACAAAAAAAC